AUGAAUAGUGAAUUGAUUACACAAAAUGAUUUGAUUAAUGAUAACAACGAUUCAAUUUUCUAUGAGUUUGAUAACAGCUUAGAUAAAACCAACUCAAUUAAUGCGGAUCACAUUCACUACCAUAACUGGUUCAAUAGGAUCUUUGAUAGGGAGCACCUACUAGAAGAUGUGUCCACAUAUGAGAUAGUGUUUCGCUCGUUUGGAGCACUGCUUUGUAUUUUAAUUAUCAUAACGACAAUUGUUGGUAAUGUUCUUGUCAUUGUUGUGGUCACAAAGUUUCAUCGCAUGAGAACAGUUACCAAUAUAUUAUUGGCCAGUUUGGCGUUUAGUGAUAUAACAGUGGCGUGUCUUGUAAUGCCAUUUACCAUUAUAUAUGAUUUCAUACGGUUCUGGCCCUGGGGUACCAUUGCUUGUCAUUUCUGGAUAUCCUGUGAUGUUAUGUGCUGUACGGCCAGUAUAUUACAUCUUUGCUGUGUCGCUAUUGAUAGAUUUUGGGCCAUAACUCGUCCACUUCGAUACCGGACAUACAUAAGCAAACGUCGACUAUUUUGUUGUAUAUCAAUCAUCUGGUUUUGUUCAGCCGCUAUAUCAUUCAUCCCAAUCUUCACGGGUUGGUAUCACUCAGAAAAGAUAACAAAUAUCUUCCUAAUGACAGAUGUUUCCGACUGUUCACUUAAGGUGAACCGCGUGUAUGCAUUGGUGUCAUCGUUAACCUCCUUUUAUCUACCGCUUCCUAUAAUGUUUUACGUAUAUUUCCGUAUUUUAUUGGUGGCCGAGAAGCAGUCGCGUGAAAUCAAACAAUUGGAGCUUUCAUUACAACAGAAUGGCUUACUUUGUGAAUCGGACGCCACUUCCGCCAACUCAGACACGUUUGACGCCAAACGACACGUCGAGCGUAGUCUUAGACGACGAACCAAACAAUUAAUCACUGAUACGAAAGCCAUCCGUACUCUCGGUAUAGUUAUGGGUGUAUUCUGUCUUUGCUGGCUGCCAUUCUUUAUAAUGUAUGUAAUAUCAGCUUAUUGUGUAUAUUGUGAUAUCAGUUAUGAGACGCGAACUGGCAUUACAUGGUUGGGCUAUAUUAAUAGUGCUCUCAAUCCAGCCAUAUAUGCAUAUCUUAACAAAGAGUUUAAGACAGCUUUCAGACGGGUAUUAUGUUGUUUUCCGCGUAUGGUAUUUGAAGGGGACAGGGAUGCAGUCAUGGAUGAGAUAUCAACAACCAGUCGAUCUCUUCAACGAAAUUUGGAUCGAUUGCACGUCAACUUUGAUGUACCGCUAUCUCCGGCACUUAUGUCUCGUACGCCGAGUGCAACACCUGAUACCACUCAAUGGCCAAUCAUUGCAAACAAUUCACUCAACAUUUCAUCGUCAGAUCACAGCAGAAAUCCGUCGAUUAGUACACAUUAUGAGCGAAGAAAUGAUAGCAAAAAGUAA